CGCGCGCGCACCCGCUCGCCGGCGCUGAGGAAAACGUUGCGCAGGUUCAAAAAUGGAACGUCGGCGGCGUGAGGGAGCGCUAGGGGGUGUGCGCGCGUGCGCGUGCGCGCCGGACAGAGCCUGACGGGGUCCCCGCCAGCCCGAGCAUCGCGCGCAGCAGCCGCGGCCCCGCAGCUCCACCCCCGACCCGGCCCGGCCCCCGGCCCGUCGCCCGCCGCCCCGCAUGGAGCUGUCAGCCAUAGGCGAGCAGGUGUUUGCGGUGGAGAGCAUCCGGAAGAAGCGCGUGCGGAAGGGCAAAGUCGAGUAUCUGGUGAAGUGGAAAGGAUGGCCCCCCAAGUACAGCACAUGGGAGCCAGAGGAGCACAUCCUGGACCCCCGCCUUGUCAUGGCCUACGAGGAGAAGGAGGAGAGAGACCGAGCAUCAGGCUAUAGGAAGAGAGGUCCGAAACCCAAACGGCUUCUGCUGCAGCGGCUGUACAGCAUGGACCUGCGGAGCUCCCACAAAGCCAAGGGCAAGGAGGAGCUCUGCUUCUCUUUGAUGCGCCCACUCGGCAGCGGGAGCCCCAAGGGGGUGGUCAAGGCAGGGGCAGCUGAGCUGGUGGACAAGGGCCCCUUGGUGCCCACCCUGCCCUUCCCACUCUGCAAGCCGCGCAAGGCCCACAAGUACCUGCGGCUCUCACACAAGAAGUUCCCGCCACGCAGCGGGCCCCACCUGGAGAGUCACAGCCAUCCACGGGAGCUCUCCCUGCAGGAGUCACCAGCCCCAGAUGUCCUGCAGGCCGCCGGCGACUGGGAGCCUGUGGAGCAGCCCCCUGAGGAGGAGGCAGAAGCAGACCUGGCCAAUGGGCCCCCUCCCUGGACACCCACGCUCCCCUCAAGUGAAGUGACCGUGACUGACAUCACCGCCAACUCCGUCACCGUCACCUUCCGUGAGGCUCAGGCUGCCGAGGGCUUCUUCCGAGACCGCAGUGGGAAGCUGUGAACAGCUGCUUCCUGUCUUCUUAAACUGUGUUCCUUGGGGCUUGGGUGAGGAGUUCCAGCCAGAGACAGGAGGGGCUGGGAGCAGGGCAAAUUUAAAAAAAAAAAAAAAGAAGAAGAAGAA